GCACAUUUCAACUCGAAAAAUGUUGUGAAGAGGAGUCGUUGGAAUGGAGAGAAAUAUUUACCGGUUCGAAUGAACACGGCAAAACCACCGCCGUCCAUUUUCAUCUCGUCGCAGUUGCUAUUCAUCGUUCUAUUCACCUCCCGGGGAGUGUUUAUCUCGUCGUCUGAGACGAAGAAAGAGGGAAUGUGGAAGUGGUAGAGGGCAUCGUACUAGUUGCAUUGUUCUUGCGACAGGUAGUUCUUCGAGAUGAAGUCCUUUCGUGCUAUAUCGGAAAAAGAACUACACGGCCACCAAAUGUGCAGUAGUGGCAAGUACACAUAGUUCAUUCAUUGCCUCCGAAAAACAACUACCAACGAUAGUUCAUUCAUUGCCUCCGAAAAACCAUCGAUCGUUUCAAUGUUGUAGGCUGUCUGUUUGUUGGUUCUUCAGCAAAUAAGUAAGUAGAAACACCAACCCGCAACAUGUCGCAAGCUCGUCUGGAAUCCCUCCGGAAGGUGAUUCGAGAGGCUUUUGGGUUUUUCGACAAAUUAGGCAAUGCCACGGUCACACAGGAGGAAGUCGCUACGAUUAUGCGAUAUUUGGGGCAGUUCCCGUCAGAACAGGACGUGGUUGAGGUUAUCUUGCGGGAGAUACAGGUAGUGCCUACAUUUUUGUUGUUUUCAAAAGACUUCGUUUGUCAUGCGAGAUUUAUGGAGGUAAACCAGAGAAGAUUGAUUCGUGACUUGAUUUUUUGCAUGACAAGACGAAUUUCAUUCAGAACAUCUUCCGUGCCGAAAAAACAAUGUAAAAUACACAGGACGACGACCCGUCUAACGUCGUGAGCUAUGACGCUUUCGAGAAGAUUAUGCGAGCAAGGUACUGCUGAGUCGAGUGGUUUAUCUUGUACUAGCACCUUUCACUUUAUCGACAGAACAACUUGUGGCUCGCUUUCGGACAAUAUUAUUCAAGUCGCAUUUCUGUUUCUGAAGAUCCGCGUAGUAACUUGCACCAUGCUGAUGUACUACUUGAUCGUGGUCCAGCAGCGUAUCGCAUUGCAUGAGACCACUUGUUGCGGCUCAGCAUUUACUUCUUUUCCAUAGCGCUGAUGCUCCGGUGUUUGAUGGAAAGGGAAUACGAUCCAGACGACAGCGAGACACUCCUCGCGGCUUUCAAGGUAUAGACAAGUACUAGAAUCGGUUUUAUGCGUCAUUUGCAUGACAAUGAGCAACAGCUAUGCUGCCUCCGCAUGGGAAAUUUGCGGAGCAGAAUUUUGAAAUGCUGUGUGAACACAACUCCAGGUCUUGGACCCAGACGGAAAAGGGUACAUCGAGGUGGACAAGAUGAAAGAGUACCUGGGGUUAUGCCAAGUAAAAACCUUUCCACUCCAGAGUUGUCAUGCAAGUUGUCAUGUCUAAAAUGUUUCUUAUGCGCAGCCCCACGAGGAGCGUUUUCUGAUGCUGUUUUAUUGGGAUUGGUUUUUGUCAUGCUCGAAUCAGGAUGAGGUAGUGGACUUGUGAUGCGGUUGCACUAUCUAAGCAGGACUACCCCCUACGAGCCCUAACUUGUCAUGCACGACAGCCAAAGCUUGUAACUUUGUGUUUCGGAUCAUCACUCCCCAUCUUGACUACGGGGUGGGGUUGUUUUUACUUUGGAUGGAGGUCCGGCGCCGUUGGGUUUCGAGAAAAGGAGUGGGCAGAGUUUUACGAGUAUGCAAAAGACCGGGACCCAAACAACAUAUCCCACGAAAAAAGUGUUACAGUUACACAUUUGUAGUCAAUUGAGCAACACAAAUUUGUCUACCUGAGAGAGAAAACUUGCCAUGCGGAAAUCCUACGGGGAAACAAACACCUGUGAAAGGAGGUUUCUAUGCAUUUCCGGCAUGACAGAGCUCGUCUGUCUUGCCUGGCCUGCAACUGAGUGUGUAACGGUAGCACUUUUUUCUCAGGAAACAACACGAACCGGAUUUAUUACGAGGACUACGUCGCGAAGCUCACUUACUGUGAGAAAAAAUCCCCCCUCCCCAUAUCGAGACGAAGUUUCUGAUGCUGGAUUUCCGUACACAAAUGCGCGCUGUCUUGCAAUACGGCACCGCAGCCAGAUCCUCAGCCUAGGUUGGGGGGUUUGGGCCUAGUUGUUUCGCAUUACAAACGGCUGGCCCCUAGUCCCAGCAGCAUGCUAAAUCGGUUCCAUAAUGGCGGGGAAGCCUCUGCGCUUGUCCUCUUGCAAGACAGACGCUAUCUGUGGCCUCAAAUCAGCAACGCAAAUUUUCGGAAGCAUACCUGUUCGAUAUGGGGUGGGGGGAUUUUUCCUCUCAAGAUCACUACCUUUGUGGACAAGCACAUCGAAACCCUCUACGCGGACGCGAAAAAAUGAGAUGGAGUAGAGAAGUUUGCUGAAUUAUUUCUGUAAUUACUGCUGAAAAAAUGAACCGAGGGCGUGUUUCGGGCUUUCUGGAGAUGAGAUCACUCUUUGAAGACCGCGAACAAGAAGAAACAGUAUGAUAACUUGUUUGGAGGUGGAACAAAAUUUGAUUGAAUCGAUGAACUGGUACAAGAAUUUUGGCGGAUUUUUGGCGGGUCCUCUUAU